GGUAGUACUUAAAAUGUACAUACAAAAUGAGUAAACAAACUAAGAACCUUUAUUAUAAUAUUUUAAGAGUUAUAGCUUUUAUACACACAUUUUCCUGCUCGUAUAAUUGUUUUGUUUAUAUUCAUCAAGUUUAUGCUUCGUUAUUUAACAAUGUUUAAGUUUUAUUUCAACAAACUAAGAUUCUGUCUAGAAAUAAUAAUUUCUUUAACUUUGGGUAUAACAUGUGUGUAUAACUAUCUAAAUUCGACUACAUCUGUUUGUUUUUUGAUCAGUUGCAACAACGCAGCGACAACAUCCAUAAAAUCUGCAUUCCCUCGAUUAAUUGCCAUCGCAUGUCUAAUCUCUAAAAUUACGGAUAUGUACACAAAUUUAACUUAUUAUCCUGAAUAUAAUAAGAAAAUCGAAGAAUACGAAUUAUAUUUUCCAAUAAUUGUUUCCAAAAAAUCAUCUCGAAAUAUUUUCAUUAUAUUUAUUGGUUUUGCUUAUAUCAGUAUUAUUGUGCCAUUAAAUAUACUAAGGCUUUAUUUAAUUUAUUAUAAUUUGCAGAACAUUAAUAUUUUCAUUUUUUUUACAAUGAUGUACAUACAAAAUUUGAGCAUUUGCCUGAUAGAAAUAUAUUUUAUUGUGCGUUGUUUUGGGUUGUAUCAAAAAUUUCAAAUUAUCAAUGAAGAAUUAGCCCUGCUGAAGUCAGAAACUAUAUCUAAAAACAAAUAUCCAGUCGUGUUGCAAAAUGAAAUACAUAGUAGAAUUAUUAAUAAUCCACAAUUGCAUACAUUAGCCAACAGUAUUGAAUUACUUAGAAUGAAGCAUCAGUUCGUUAGAAGUGUUUUACGAGAUCUUAAUAAGUUAUAUGGAACUCAAAUGGGGUCGUCUUUAGUUUACUUAUUUAUUUUGAUUUUAUUCGAUAUCUAUGGAGAAGUAAUCACUAAGAAUUCAAAAACAAGAUCUACAAUAUUUAUUUAUGGAUGGCUAUUACAAUACGGAUUCAGAUGUCUUGCAAUUAUUAUUACAACACAUUUCACUACAAAACAAGCUUACACUACAAAAACACUUAUAGCUGAUAUAAAUAAUCGAUAUUUAGAUGAAACUACAAAGGAAGAGCUAUACUUAUUUUUUAAUCAAAUAUAUCGUCAUUCAGUGGAAUUUACUUCGUGCGAUUUGUUUACACUACACCCUCAUCUUAUAACUACAGCUUUUGCUACGGGAACAACGUAUCUUGUUGUAUUAUUACAAAUUCAUUAAACAAUAUAAAUUGAAAAUAAUCAACAUCAGUUACUCUAUUUAUAAACAACAAUUAUGUAGCAGUUAGCCUAUGGAACACAAAGAACUAAUACAAAUAUUAAAUUAUAAUUUAAACAUUUAAUUGUUUUAUAUAUUUAUUUAAUCUAAAUUAUG